GACAGGUGCGUCAUUUCACCACGUCUCCAUCCAUAUAUGGCUAAAGUGAAUCCGACGCGGACGGAGAAGGACAAGUGCCGGUGCUCUGGUGUCUUUCAAGGGCUCGACAGACGAGGUGAUGGAGGCUAUUGAGCCGCUGCGGUACGAGAGUGGUAGCCAGCUCUGCGCUCUAACUGAUGAUAUAGCGACUACGAACAACGAUCUCGACUGGACAGUCAUGGUUGGCCGGCAGAUUUGUGCAUGUAAAUACUUGUUUUCAGGCAUUCAACUGGGCAACUACACCUCCGUACUACACCUCCGUGCACUGAGUAAAAUGAAAUCCAAGAUGAUGACGUAUGGCAUCUCGAACUACAUAUAAUCCCCUGAACACACCAGAGCUUUCCCCCACGAUCCAAUUCACCACAGUUCAUCACAGUACACUACCUGUCUGCACAAACCGAACCAUGCCCGCUCAUAAGAACAUCAGACUCGCGGUAUCGUUCCGUGGAUUUCGGAUGGGCUCCGAAAAUGCCUUGCAGGAGACAUUGAUGCGUCGCCUGGGGACAGAAAACCCAAAAGACAUAACGAUCGAAGCCGUUGUUGACGAUCGCCACGAUCAUCACAUCUCGACACGCGCGAAUUUAAAGGCUAUCGUCGUUGUUAGGAUCCCCUACCAUGCGGAACUUCUUCUCAGAGCGUCGAAUUCGAAUGAUUUGGUAGACCCAGGAUCCCGCGACCACAUCAGGAUCGUCCCCUGGACUGCUGGACGAGAAACGGUCGCCCAUUCGGGUCCCGCGAAUGAAACAGAGCCCCUCCCCUCCCCUCCCCCUGUUGCCGAGCCCGAACCCACUGCUAGUCUUUCUCCCGCUCCCCUCUCGAGCUCGGUGAUGACGAGUGAAGCCCAGACAUCUGAGCAGCAAGGGCUCCCCCCCGCGAACUCGGUGGCGAAGCACAACCCAGAAGGUUUCCAGGAGAGCGCAAUGGCUCUUGAAUCAGACCUCGAGGAUGAGAUAGAAGUCCUCUUGCAAGUUUUUCCACGCCACGAUGUUGCGGGCUUAGCAAAGGCGGUAUGCGCAGCCUUUCAGAAGCGGAAGAAAGAAGACGAUUCGGCGACGGCGGGACCCUCAACGAAGCGAGCGCGUCUGGAUGGUGGGGGCUCACUCAUUUCUGGCCUCCAUGGCACCCGCCAGAGCCGUUACUCAGCGUCGCGCCAGAGUGCGUACGACACUCUCGAUCGGCUAUCCAAGUCAGGUGUCCCGGUUGGUUUGGAUGACAUUAGGUCCAUCACACAUGAUUGAACCGACACACAUUCAAUGUACAGUGGACACAACCACAGCACAUCACCCUUCUUUGACACAUAUAGUAAAUGUAACCAGUUUGUCACUCUUGAUUCGUUUUGGUAAACUCGGAAACUGCCAUCAGCUAUAACAAGCCUCUGUAUCUACCGCAUCAAUGCAAUAGUU